AUGAUUAGAGGAAAUAAAAGACAAGCUACUGGGUCUCCGUCACCUCCGUCACCACAUUAUGAAGAAUUACAUUCUACUAUCCAAAAUAUAAUCAGACUGGAAUUCAGCGAGAUUCAAGCGCAACUAAAUAGCACCAUUACCUCCACAAUUCAAAAAGAACUUAUACCAGUCAGAGACGAAAUGAAAGAAAUCAUACAAUCAAUGCAAUUUAUGAAUGCAAAAUUUGAAGAAAUCGAAAGGAUGCAAAAGUCUUCUACUGAAUUAAUAAAGAGAUUGGAAACAGAAAAUAGUGAGCUAAAAUCUUCAAUCGAGAACCUCUCUAUACGUAUUAAUAACAUAGAACAACAGUCGCGCUCGAACAACUUAGAGAUACAAUGCCUUCCUGAAAACAAAAAUGAGAACCUUAUCAAUACAAUCAAUCAGCUGGGUCAAAUAAUAAAUUGUCCAAUCCAAGAGAAGGAUAUAUUUCAUUGCUCACGUGUGGCCAAAAUCAAUACAUCCAGUACUCGUCCGCGUUCUGUAGUGGUGCAACUUGCUUCAACCAGGCUCCGUGAUCAAAUUCUUGCUGCAGUAAUUAAAUUUAACCAAAACAACCCUCAAGAGAAACUUAAUUCUGCUCAUCUGGGAUACUCCGCGAAGAAAUCGCCAGUCUACGUUGUGGAACAUCUAUCCCCAGCAAACAAGGUUUUGCAUGCAGCUACAAGAAUCAAGGCCAAGGAAAUAGGCUAUAAGUUUGUCUGGAUAAGAAACGGUAAAAUUUUUGUUAGGAAAAGCGAAGGCACUGAAUAUGUGGUAAUUAAGAACAAGAACAGUCUAAGUAAAUUAAAAUAG